AUGAAGCGGAACGUGCUGGCGUUCCACCAGCUGCCCUACGUGGUCCUCGUGAUGUUUAACUCACUGGUCGUCCCUUGCUGGAUCGAGGCCAUGCAGAGGGCGAGGAGCCCUUUCCGCCGCAGCUUCGUCGACCUGAAGGGGAUAUCCACGAAUCUGCAGCUGCUUCUGUUCAGCAAGCUCGUCAUGCCGUUUGUGUCAUUGGUGCUAGCCGACCUGGUCGUGUUCCAGACCAGGGGCCCGACGGAGGUGCCGGUGGACCUCCACGACGUGGAGGGCAUUAUCGAGGAACCCGCCUACAACGUGGUCGGGGAGGUCGGCAGCUUCUACAGCAAGGGAGGCGUAGGGCUCGAGUUGUUGCCGGCAGCUCGGGGCUGCCGCCGCGUCGUUUUCGGGCGGGCGUCGAUGGGGAUGUGA